GGGAGACCAGAUAUAGUGAAUGCCGAGUCCGGGGAGAUCAGAUAUAGUGAAUGCAGGGUCCGGGGAGACCAGAUAUAGUGAAUUGCAGGGUCCUGGGAGACCAGAUACAGUGGAUGCAGGGUCCCGGGAGACCAGAUACAGUGAAUGCAGGGUCCCGGGAGACCAGAUACAGUGAAUGCAGGGUCCAGGGAGACCAGAUAUAGUGAAUGCAGGGUCCGGGGAGACCAGAUACAGUGGAUGCAGGGUCCGGGGAGAUCAGAUAUAGUGGAGUGGAUGCAGGGUCCGGGGAGAUCAGAUACAGUGGAUGCAGGGUCCGGGGAGAUCAGAUAUAGUGAAUGCAGGGUCCCGGGGAGACCAGAUAUAGUGCAUGCAGGGUCCCGGGGAGACCAGAUACAGUGGAUGCAGGGUCCGGGGAGAUCAGAUAUAGUGCAUGCAGGGUCCCGGGGAGACCAGAUAUAGUGCAUGCAGGGUCCCGGGGAGACCAGAUAUAGUGUGCAUGCAGGGUCCUGGGGAGAUCAGAUAUAGUGAUUGCAGGGUCCCGGGGA